GUGUAAGUAGAAACAAGAAAAUCUGAGGGCUACAUGACUAACAGGACUACCCUUCAUUUUCCCAAAGCUCCAGCCUCCACCCUUUGGCUCCACCCUUUUUGCUAUUUUUCUUCUUUGACUGGGCCUUUCUGUGGAUUAUUAAAACCAGAAGUCUACAGGACUUGGAGCAGCGUGGUUUUUUGUCUUCUAUUGAAACUACAAAGCCUACACAGCAAGUUGUCCAGAAAGCAUUCCAUUCUCAAACUGGCAAUCAUCAGCCUUCAACACACUGCCUGAGUUGGUGGUCAAGUACAAGGAAAGACAUGAGGUCGCAGACUUUUUCAAAAGCACAGAUCCUCCAGGAUUUUGACUCUGUUUGCCAAACACUCUCUGCGUGUAACAACAGAGGCUUUAAACAAGAAUUUGAGAAGCUAAAUGAUGUCGGCAAAGAUCUGUCAAUCAAAGUGGGGGAGUUAGAGGCUAACAGAGAAAAGAACCGCUACCCGUACAUCUUACCAUAUGACCACUGUCGGGUGAGAUUGUCCAUUCAAAACUCCAAUCCCAACUCUGACUACAUCAAUGCCAAUUUUGUGCCAGGCGGAGGAUCAGAACGAGACUUCAUCUGCACCCAGGGCCCAAUGCUAAACACUAUAGUUGAUUUCUGGAGGAUGGUGUGGGAGCAGAACGUCAGAGUGAUCGUCAUGGUGACAGCUGUGAAACACAAGGACAUAGUGCUGUGUGACGAGUAUUGGUCUGUGCAAUCAGGAACAGUUUAUCACGGACCUUUCCAAGUGAGGACAGUAGCUCGGAAACAAUUGGGCCCAGAUUAUUUUACCUCCACCAUUCAUCUCAGACAGAGAGACUGUCUCACAGAAAGGAUCAUAACACACUACCAAUAUCCAUCCUGGCCAGACCGCGGCGUUCCAACGGACCCUUCCUCACUCUGUAGCUUUACAGAUCACGUGCGACGCAUUUUGCAAGACAUGCCACGUCUGGGGCCAGCUGUGGUGCACUGCAGUGCAGGCGUAGGACGAUCGGGGACAUUUGUCGCACUGCUGUGGAUGAUGCAGCUGUGUAUAUGCGGCAGGCGGCCUGACAUCCGAGCUGCUGUUGCUGACCUACGACUACGUAGAAUGUGGAUGGUUCAGACUCUGGAGCAGUAUAUAUUUGUUCAUCAGUGUCUGCUAUACUGGCUCAGCGGUGGAACGUCACAAGGCUUUACACACUUGGAGCAAGCAAACCAAGAAGAUAGGGGAAGAAAUCGGCAUCAGAGACGAAAAACUGAAUCAGAAGAACCUCAGGGCACAUUGCAGCUACUGCGGAGACUCCUACCCUCAUCCCUGCUAAAUCUAGGCUCACAUGCUUCUUAAACUACCUUCAGAAAGUCUUGGUGGUUGGAAGUGGAAAAAACCGCAGGCUGCACUUCUGUCACAAGUAGCUAAUCCCGAAAACAAAGGAGCAGAAACAUGCACACCACAAAGGAAGUGCGACAACCUGCCAGGCUGGCCGAACCUGUUCCUAACUUGCAGGUCUCAUGG